AUUCCUCCAGUCAAGAUGAACUUCCUGCCUCUGUUCGCUGUUUUCCUGAUCCUGGGUUGCUUUUCCUUUUCGGAAGGAGCUGCUGUAGGCAAACCCACUGGACAACCUGGCUGUUUGACGGCCGAGGAAGUGGAGGUUAAAUUCUAUCCCCACUUCUACCUGAAGAGCUCCUACUGGAUUUGCUCCACCCAGGGAGUUCCUGCCACUUUGGGGCAGUGUGUUGUGCCCUCUGCGUAUUUGGACUCCGCCAAGGCCUGUGUUCCCUGGUCGGAAUGGUACUGGACACCCACUGUCCAGCCGCCCAGUCAACCUGAGGUUGCUGCCUAAAACGGGAAACUUCACUCUUUAAAUGGUCACAA